AUGAUUCGACAUCCAAAGAACAAAGGCAAACUAAGCCUCAAGAUCGAGCAACCUCCGCUGACCGCUUUCCCUCUGCUCAACGCGGCGCAUCAUAAUCCGCACGACAUCGAUGCAUUGCUCCUUCCCGAGCUUCUCGACACUAAUCUCGCCCCUGCGCUCGGUUUCAUGAUCCACGACGUCGUUACGCAAUCCGUUACCCCACCGCUGUACUGGGGCGGGGAUCCGGUGGUCCCAAUGACAGCGUACAUCAAUUGUGCGGUCCAUGCCACGAUGAUUGGACGCACAUUCAGCCUGCUCUCGUCAUCGACACCGUCAGCGGACGGCAAAACCGAGGACGAGAUCCUCGCUGCCGCGUCGGAGCUCCCGCCCGAGCUCAAGCUCCUGAUCCAUGCUGAGUUCAUGACAUAUCAGCGACAGCGGCGACGGCUCUGGCAACAUGCUGUUUCCCCGGUUUUCGUCAAAGCUUUGUUGAGUGGCAGAGAAGCCGAGCCUGGAUCGCUCUUUGCGGCGGCCAUCAUCGUCCUCGGCUGCUGGCAUACCAUCGUGAGUGCCAGCCCGCCUGUCAAGGGGAGGGGGAAAGACUUUGUGUGGUACGACGGCACGUUCAACGACGUCAGCUGGGGGCCACAUGAUCUUGAGCGAGCAUUGCACCAGACCUCCCAUCUGCCGACGAACAACUGGGAUGUCGCGGCCUUGAAAGCGAACGAACGCAAUUGGGGUAGCCUACCUCCCGAGUAUGUUCCAUUGGAAUGCAUCAAGGUGCUCGAUCGGGCACGCCUACAUGCUAACACCGGAGGUCCAGAUUUGACCAGCGCCGAAAUUAUUGACUUGGUGUUCCAGGUGUUAGACCACUCGAAGAGUCCUCAGGAUCAUUCACAAUGGGUCGUCAAGGCCACUGAGAGUUGGAAAGACAAAGUCAAAAACAGUUGGCAGACACCAUGA